ACCUACCCUCUUUCCACGCCACCCCUAUCUCACAGUCAUAAAUAGUCACUCUCACCUUUCACACUUCUGUUGCUUUUAAAACCCUUCUCUUCCUCUCCUCACUUCUUCUAACACACAAUCUCAACCCACCAUGUCUUCCUUCAAGAGCAAAUACCAAGAUGAACUCAUUGCCAAUGCUGCUUACAUUGGCACGCCAGGGAAGGGUAUCCUUGCUGCUGAUGAGUCAACUGGCACAAUUGGCAAGCGUUUGGCCAGCAUUAAUGUUGAGAAUGUUGAAACAAACAGGCGUGCUCUUCGUGAGCUCCUAUUCACUACACCUGGUGCUUUUGAGUGCCUCAGUGGUGUGAUAUUGUUCGAGGAAACCCUAUACCAAAAGACAGCUUCAGGAAAACCCUUUGUGGAUUUGUUGAAGGAAGGUGGAGUUCUUCCUGGUAUUAAGGUUGACAAGGGCACUGUAGAGCUUGCUGGAACUAAUGGGGAAACCACUACUCAAGGUUUGGAUGGCCUUGGUCAGCGUUGCCAGAAGUACUAUGAAGCCGGUGCCCGUUUCGCCAAAUGGCGUGCUGUGCUCAAGAUUGGCCCAAAUGAACCAUCUGAGCUGGCUAUCCAUGAAAAUGCGUAUGGUCUGGCUCGGUAUGCAGCCAUAUGCCAGGAGAAUGGUCUGGUACCUAUUGUGGAGCCAGAGAUCUUGGUGGAUGGACCUCACGACAUCAACAAAUGCGCUGAGGUGACUGAGCGCGUUCUUGCUGCAUGCUACAAGGCCCUAAGUGACCAUCAUGUUCUGCUUGAGGGUACUUUGUUGAAGCCCAACAUGGUGACCCCUGGUUCAGAGUCUCCCAAGGUCACCCCAGAGGUGAUAGCUAAGUACACUGUUACAGCUUUGCAGCGAACUGUUCCGGCUGCAGUUCCCGCCAUUGUCUUCUUGUCCGGUGGACAGAGUGAGGAGGAGGCAACCCUCAACCUCAAUGCCAUGAACAAGUUCCAGGGAAAGAAGCCAUGGUCCCUUUCUUUCUCCUUUGGAAGGGCACUUCAGCAGAGCACUCUCAAGGCAUGGUCUGGGAAAGAUGAAAACAUUAAGAAGGCUCAGGAUGCUUUCAUUGUGAGGUGCAAGGCAAACUCACAUGCAACCCUUGGAACUUACAAGGGUGAUGCUACCCUUGCUGAGGGUGCCUCUGAGUCUCUCCAUGUGAAGGAUUACAAAUACUAAAAAAGGUGUUGGCUUCUUUUGGAGGUUUUUGCACUAUUGGCACCAACAUUUUCAUGUUCUUUAAAUAGGAGUUAGACACGUUAUAGGUUUAUGGAUUUGAGAAUAAUUGCAUCAAGCAAAAUUGGCUUGGUAUCGUUGCUUUUCAAUUGAGUUUCCCCUUUGUUCUCCGUAUUUUUGAUCGAGUUUUGUUGUAUUUGGAGAAGUGUCAUUUCAUGUUUCAAUGCGAUUUGGAUGUGAAAAAGCAUUUUGCUAGCAGCAUAUGAAUAAACUUUGACCGGCGCAAUAUCUGUUUUGAAUUUAA